GCCCUCUGCUCAGGCAUGGCUGACUGGCAUUUACCAUUUUUAUUUUUUCUCAGGAUUCAGGAGCAGUUCCAGAAAAAUCCCGACAGUUAUAAUGGUGCUGUCCGAGAGAACUAUACCUGGUCACAGGACUAUACUGACCUGGAGGUCAGGGUGCCAGUGCCCAAGCACGUGGUGAAGGGAAAGCAGGUCUCAGUGGCUCUUAGCAGCAGCUCCAUACGUGUGGCCAUGCUGGAGGAAAAUGGGGAGCGCGUCCUCAUGGAAGGGAAGCUCACCCAUAAGAUCAACACUGAGAGUUCUCUCUGGAGUCUCGAGCCUGGGAAGUGUGUUUUGGUAAACCUGAGCAAGGUGGGCGAGUAUUGGUGGAAUGCUAUCCUGGAGGGAGAGGAGCCCAUCGACAUUGACAAGAUCAACAAGGAGCGCUCCAUGGCCACUGUGGAUGAGGAGGAACAGGCGGUGCUGGACAGGCUUACCUUUGACUACCACCAGAAGCUGCAGGGCAAGCCACAGAGCCAUGAGCUGAAAGUCCAUGAGAUGCUGAAGAAGGGGUGGGAUGCUGAAGGUUCUCCCUUCCGAGGCCAGCGAUUCGACCCCGCCAUGUUCAACAUCUCCCCAGGGGCUGUGCAGUUUUAAUGACCAGAAGGAAAGGAAACCCUCAUCGGUGGGGAGGCAGAGGCCUUGUCCUCGGCCGCCCUCCUCGGCUCCCCCUGUGUUCUAGGGACUUGUUCGUCUUGUUUACCCCUAGCCAUCCUUUCUUUCAAUGGUGAACCAGGCCUUCCACCCUGACCUUGCAUCUCCAGACUGUUCCAGAGAAGGUGCAGUGCCCGCUGCUAUGUGGUGGCUGCUGUGGCUGACACUGAGUGAAGGUGUUUGAAAUGCAAGAGAGGAUAUCCCAACAAAUUGGGAUCAUGUGCUUUUGUCUCCACAGCAACAGCCACUGCAGGCAGCAUGUCUUUCCCCCUGCUCUCUGCUUGCUGUUGUUUUGACGCUGUUCUGCUUGCAUGUGUUCUGGUUGGAGUGUGAAGUUGUUGCUGGGCUCUCAGGCGAAGCUGAAGUCACUGAAGUGUGUGAAGCUCAGUGCUUGCAUGAGGGCAAGCAAGUAAUGACUGUGCAACUGUGCCUGGGGCUGCUUUGGGAAGCUCCUUGCCCCUUGACCUGUUUUGGGAGGACUGAUGUGGUCUUCUUGCUCAUCCCCUUAUAAAUGUGCCCUGCCUGCCUCAGCGUCAUGGUCAGAGCAGUGGAAGCUGGAGCCCUGUUUGCAUGUUCUAGAUGUUGGGAGAAAGCCUAGGUUCUGGGCUCAGGUCCACAUGCAAUGGGGAUUCUGUCUGUUCUCUGACUGUGGCGACCUUGCUUUGGAUCUUGUUGAAGUGAACCAAGCCUGGCCACCACAGCAUGGCAUGCCCUGCUUGGCUCCCUAUAAGACAUCCUCUUUGGGUUCACUGUGUCAAAGUGUGGGCAGGAGUGGAGAGCUGGCGCCCUCAGGAAGAGACUACAGCAUGUCCAUCAGCUCAUCAGCAGAGCACGCCAGCCACAAGUCCUGAGAAGCCUUGACCUUGAGGGGCUUCUGGGAGAGGAGGAAUUUCUGCAUGGGGCGUGAAGGCACACUGUCCCACCACAACUGAACCAGAAGACAGUGAAGACUCCCAUCCUCUGUGUCAGGUGCCAGACUGAGUUCCCUGGAGCUUAUGGCCCCAUCUUACCUGUUCUCCAGGGACUGGCCACCACCUCAGGACGCCCAAGCCCAGGCCCUGAGCCAUGGCUGCUGACUGGCUCCAGCCAAGAUGCAAAGACAAGAUCAUGGGACAGGGUCCCAGGCCUAUGCCCUAAGUACUCACAGGGGCUCUGGGUGCCUGUCACCGGGAGUAUGGUUCAGCUACCACUGGCACUGUCCAUUUGCCUGUCCAUCAAGCCCAGGGCAUGGAUAAGCCACACAGCAGGGCAGUGCACUCUGGCACCAUGCACAGCCAGCAAGAAUCAAGGCCUGCAGAUGCUAAGAGAGCCCGCCAUCAGGGGAAGGACCCUGCCCCUGCAUGCUCUCUCUGUGUAUACUUGGGUUGCGGGGGCUGUCUAGGAGAGUCAGUUGGUGGUUGGUUUCUGGUUUACAGUGGUGACUGACAGCCCUUGUAAGAAAGCAUUCCUGGGAAGUCAUCUGUAGGUCCAGACUGUUGCUGUGAUCAUCACGGGAGAGCAGAAGACCCCAUAUACCCACUUUGGAAUGUGAGAACCUUGUCUGAUAUUUGCCACUGAGCUGGUGAAGCCCUGCUUAAGAGGCCUCAACCCUGGGGAGCAGAACUCUUGUCAUCUAUGAGAGGUCCUGAGACAGGCUUUGUCAUUUUUUUUUCCUGGAGUUCCCAUUGAGGUCCUAGGAUUUGCACACCACUGUUUCACAAGAGCUUUCCUGCCUCAUGAAAAGAGGUCUCGUGGUGUGUGUCUCCUCUCUUCUCUGUAGUUCCUGUGUUGACCCGCAUUGCAGCCCCCACCCUGUGGGCAGUCUUCCAGAAGUGAUAAAGUGGUGUGAGAUGCCCUACACCUUGUUAUUUGGGAGACUUUGAGGGUCAUUCACUUCUAUGGUGACUAGUGUUUGUUUUGCCUGAUUUUAUAUUCUGUGUUGCAUUUCUCCCCACUCCCUGCCCUGCUUUAAUAAAUGGUAAACGAGUGUCUAGGAAGAACAGCUGAGGGGCAGUAUUGGGUAUUGGCCCCAUGGCAGGAGCAGCCACCCACAUCUGGUCCCAGUGCACACUGUGGUGCUUGGUGUGGUUGUGGAGCCUGUCCCUGCACGCCUUGUCCCCAUGAGCCAUGCUGUCUGGUGGGUGAUUCUCUGCCCUGAGCCACCACCCUGGACUGGCCCAGCCUCCAGAGCUGGCACACCCUGCCUGUUUUCUCUUUUUAGACACAACAGCCGCAGUUUGGCCAGCCACUAAGUCCUACCAGCUGAGGUCCAAGGAAAGCGGGGUGAAUCAUUCCCCUUGUCCAGGGCCCCAGGAGAGGAGGUGUCCAGCCUGCAAAGCUGUUCCAGUUCCUCAGUGUUGGUUUGCAAUAAAUUGGUAUUUAAGCAGU